AUGAACCACCACACACUCAGCACUACAACCAGGCCUCGCGACAAUGCCGCGAGCUUUGCUUCCCGCCGAGGCCACCUCCAGCAACUCUCGAUCAGCAAUGACGAUCAUCACGUAACCGAAGCGAUAGGCUACAUGUACGGCGAUGAAGAUCACGAUGGUCAGCGCAGCUCAAAAGGCUCCUCGGGCAAUCCGACUUCACCUAUCGAGCGCCGAAUGCAAGACUUUCACUUGAAUGACCAGCCCGUCCGAAGAACUUCAAUACCUCGGAAAGCCAUGCCUGAACGACAACUGUCAAACGGGAAGGUGAUCGUGGGCCCGAAUACGCAGAGGCCGCAACCUUUGAGACAAGCUUCAUGGGACAGACAAGGAACACCUUCGCCUCCUCCACAUGGCCGAGAUCGCUCGCCGUCAGACACCGCCAACACGCAUUUUCCUCUCAAUGAUACCGACUACGAGUCCAGCCCGGCAGCUGUGGCACAGGAGCUCAGCAAUCUGCAAGCUCUGCGACGUAUGUCUAUGCUGUCGAUGGAUGGAGGAGCAGCUGGUGAUCCUGAUUUACCACAUCUAAAUCCUGCUGCACUUCCGAGUGCUCCGGCCUCAAACGCAAGUGAAGACGACGACUCUCGGCUGUUUUGGGUUCCUGCAAGAUUACAUCCAGAAUUAGCACCCAAAGAGUUCAAGAGCUUCUUAGACAGCAAGGCAGAGCAGAUCAAGAGACGGUCAGGGGAACUAUCGCAGUUCACAAGUCCAGGCACAUCAAGAUCGAAUUCUGCCUCAUCACUGGGCGUAGACAACGGCGGCUUGCGAAGGAAAAAAUCGAUGCUGUCCCGCCAGAUAGACAGCUCAGCCGGCUAUCAAGAUGGAGCAGACAGACUGGAACGAAAGAGGUCGCUCCGACAGAGUGGUGGUCCGGACCCAACGUUGCUGGCACUUGAGACAUUGGUCUCGGGAGAGAAUCGAAGGGCUAGCGUGGAGAGCCCAGGUCAGGAUUCUCAAGAGGAGGAUGUUAUUCUACCCUCGAUACCUGGUUCUACGCUGAAACGCUCAACGAGGACAACAUACAGGAAAGCUGGGAGCGUCAAAGGCGGCCGUCCUGAUCGGUCGACCUACGCGCAGCGGGCAGCACGCCGGGUUGCAACUCACGGUGACACACCUAUCACGCCUGCUACGCCUGAAGUACCUCAGAUGCCUACCUUUUCGUCAAGCGAUUUUAACCUCACACUGACGGACCCGUCGUCACGCGAGUCAAUUCCGCCCAGGACUGAGAGCACUCCUGCGGCAGGCAGUCGGCAAGGCGGAGUGUACAACUUCUCAAGACCUGCGAACCUCGCAAAGCAUUCUCAGGAGCGCCUUAACGAUGGCCGGCAGACGUUCGACGGCAUAUUAGGUGGGUCAUCGCACCGCAAUAGUACUGCAAGUAUGCCGGAAAGAAUGACGCAGCCAUUGCCUGAGCCGCCAGAGCAGCGGCUUGUUCCCCAGAUCAUCGAGACACCGGCGCCUGAAGAGCGUCCGUCGACCGCACCGUCUCCAGCGCCUAUACAGCCGCCAAUGCGGCAUCCUGAGCGGUCAUCAUCGCGGGAUGCGCAGAAACAGCCGUACCAACGUCCCGGUAUGCCUCCGAAACAACAAUCUUCUGUCAAUGCGAUACCACAACUCCAGCAACGACAGCCGUCACAGACAUAUCAGAAAGGGCCGCAAAGCUUAGACCAGCCUUCGCCUCUGCCGGGCAACAACACCAAUACAGCCGACCUCUCUUACAUCCCAACACUGACAGUCGACAAGCGAGCAGACCAUCGAGCAAAGGAUGAGCCCAAAAAGUCCAGCUGGGGUUGGCUGCUGGGCAAGGAAGAGAGGAAGGACGAGAAAGUAGACAAACCCAAAGCCAAAAUAGUCAAACCACCCCAAUCGCACGACAACACCCGACUCGACGUUCUCCAAACCUCCAUCGAAGGCAACAACAAAGGUCGCGAGAGCCUGGUGAUCGACCGCGAAAGUCUCCGACUCGACGAAGAGCGCAAGAAGGAAUCGAUCCGCAAAGCCAGUGGCGAAGGCAAAAAGGAGAAGGAAGGCUUGUUCUCCUCCCUCUUCGGCAAGAAAGGCAAGGCCGAGAAGGAAACCACAAAGGGCGGCAACAAGUAUAAGGAUCGACUGUCGCCUGAGCCUACGAUUCGAGAGCUCAAGCCGGAUAUCGACUAUAAUUGGACAAGAUUCUCGAUUCUGGAAGAGCGUGCGAUUUACAGGAUGGCGCACAUGAAGUUGGCGAAUCCGAGGAGGGCGCUGUACAGUCAGGUACUGCUAAGCAAUUUCAUGUAUAGCUAUCUGGCCAAGGUGCAGCAGAUGCAUCCGCAGAUGAAUCUGCCGACGAGUGCGAAGCAGCAAAGACGGCAGAAGGAGCAGCAAGGUGGUGGGACCCCAGGUGGUAGUGGUAGCCAGCAGGGUCAGAGCAGUAGUCAGCCAGAGGAGUUCACGCAGUACCAGCGGUACCAGCAGGCUCAAAACGCCCAACAAGCCCAAUCCCAACCUCAGGCUCAGUCGCAGCCAACGCCUUCAUCGCAGCCGGAACCGCAGCAAGAGCCACACGCGUAUGCCUACCAGCCGAGUCAGACAGGACAGGCAUACGAAGGCGAUAGCUCACAGUACGGCUACGACACGAAUGGUCAACACCGCGGGGUGGAUCCAAGGAGCCAGCAGAGUCAUCAACAUCACCAUCAGCCGAAUGGCAACUACAUGAGCAAUGCCAGUGGCAGUAACCCAUACUAUCAGGGCGCGUCGAAUAGGCAGGCGGUUUCGAGAGGCGGAAAUGAUGACGACGGGGAUAUGUGGUGA